AUCCCCUCACUUAGUGACCUGCGAAUGUCUGCGUUUCUCCAACGCAGGGAUGGUAUCACUAACGCACAGUCGCUUGUACCUAAGGGGCUAGACUAUCAUCUCUGACCUCUGGUGGUAAUUUUCAACAAAUACAGGCUGUACACACCAGAUCACCAGCUGAUGAAAUCACUUCGAGCCGGACGUGUUUCCAGAAACAUGUUUAUGUAGAGUCAGUGUCGAUUAAAUUUCAUAAUGCGGACUAAUCACUGUGCUCGUACGUGUUAACUUCAAAGCGCCGUCAAGCCACGGCUGAGGGGCGUUUACAUUCCCAACCGCCCCACCCUUCCACUUUCUCUCUCUCCCUCUCUCUCUCUCUCUCUCUCUCUCUCUCUCUCUCACUCUCUCCCUCUCUCUCUCUCACUCUCUCCAAACCCCGCAGACUUACCGUGAGAGCGCGUGUUUUUCCGUCACUGAGUUUAACAUUCUCUGCAAGCAGAAUGAAAGAUGCACUUUGUCCUUCUCUCUCGUUGCGGAGGAAACCAAGAGGACUUUGCUGAUUGUAUAUUCUUAAAUAAAAGGCUGUUUUAUACGACUGUGACACACACGCGUUUGGACUCUGAGCAGAGGCCGAUUUUAGGCUCUUUUCCAGAGUCAUGCAGAUGAACUUGGGAGGACAAGCGUGGAUUAAACGCCAGUUUUAGGAGAUGGUGCAUCGUGAGUGAGGAGCAGAAGUGUGGGGAUGGAGAUGUAGUCCCUGUCCUUUAACACACUGCCUCCUCCCAGUUCGCGUGGUGGGCCAGGACUGGGAUUAUGUCUGGGAGAAGGACGGAGCAGCACCAAUGUUACAUGGAUUUUGCGCCUUUGAUUCUAUACUUCGUCGUCGUGAUUAUGCGACAAGCCAAGUGUCAUUCAGUGUGCUCUUCUGAGACUGUAACUGAGGUGCGAAACUUAAUGAAAAGGCUGCCGAUCGAGGAGUUGAAUAAUUGCAAGCUGUACACGCCAACUCUAAAUGAUUACGAGCAGAACUGCUCCAGGUCCAUGCUGAAAUGCUUUGAAAAGGAGGCCGCUGUUCUUAUAACAGAGAACAAUGGAAUUCCUUCUAAAAAAUUAAUUAUGAUGCUGCACAAGCUUGCAAGACAAUUGCAGGACAAGAGGCUGACCUGUCCAGCCUGUGAGGUCUACAAAGAAGAAAAAGCAGUUACAUUCCUCAACACUUUACUUAAAAUCUUGCAAAAGAUGAAUGCAAAGAAUAACUGUUCUUUUUAGUCAAAGCUAACCAUAAUCUGUGCUCCUUAUUAUAAAGAAACAUCUCUAAGAGUGCAUUUAUAAGCAUGUAAAUUAUGUUCACACAAAUGUAUAUUUUAUUUUGUAUUUGUCUAUGCAAAGUUAUAUCCUAUAUUUUAUUAGAUUAAUACAAUUUAAAUGUGCCUUUGUUUUUUAUUAAUCUGCUUUGACAGCAAACUACCUCUCAUAUGGCCACUUUUUAAUUAUUAAUUAUUUUCCUUCUUAAUGGGUUUUAGGAGGGAUAGCAUAUUGAAAUGUUUUAAAAGCAACAAGCAAGGCUGAAAUCUAUGAGGGUUUCUGUUUGUUUUGUAACUAUGUUGACUUUGUGAUGUCAACUUUCUGUUCUUAUUAUAGAUUUUUGACCUGUGUCACCUCCAUCAGCUUUAAAGACCCAAGGAACCUAAAUCUAAUUCUUUUUUUUUUUUCCUAAUUAUUAGGUUAAUCUUGUUCUUGCAGGCGAACCGUGCACUAAGUACAACCUUUGAAUAAUGUUCUGGUGAGCAAUAAAUGACCGGUAUAUUUCACCAUAUUUCUCUCCUCUCAAUGUAAACUGGGCAGGUUCAAUCUUGGGUAACGCUUCCGUAAGCAUUCCCCUUACCAAUCACAAGACUGUUGUCUCUUGGCCCGCCCACACAAAACAGUUUUAGUCAAAAACACUUUAGCGAGCUAAAGCACACUAGGAGUGUUGGGCAGAGAGCUGUCAAUCACGCUGCUCUUUAGCUUUGCACACAGUUCUCAGAUAGGUCUGAUCAGUGGUUUUUAAGUCUGUUAUAUUUAUAUCUUGUUUUUCAUUCAAGCUUUGCUGGAUGUUUAAUGUAACACUCAAGUUUAGUAUCAUGACAUUUUUAAUAUUAUCCAACCAGUAUACAACAUACACUUCAUGAGAAUGUAAUUAUUGCUUUCAGUAAUUCUAUAACAUUAUUUUCAUUGUUUGAACAUUCCCAUGAACCUGAAUGUGAAAAUCAUUUGAUUUUCACAGUUACAGUUUCCAUUUUUCAUCAUCAGCAUCCAGUGAGAGCAACAGUGGCUGCAUGUUCCAGCCAAUGAUUGCAUAUAUUAUGUAUAUAAUAUAUACAGAAGGUAGUUUCAACUCAUCCGUGAUUGUAGUCCUUUCAUUCUUGUUCUUUUGUUAGUUUGCUGCUAUAAUAUAUUAACUGGUCUCCCACAGGAAUUUCCCAGUGUAGUCAAAGGUGCUGAAGGUUUUGCUGUAAAAACCAUUCAAAAAAGCUAUAUUUGAACGAGAGAGCUACAAUUGCAGAUUCUAUCAUAGCAACAUACACUGCAUGCUUCAGUCUGCACUACAGAUGGGUCUACUACUGCACUAUUACUGGUUCGAAAGGAUCAAACAAGGAAAAUGCAUUAAUGCCUUAAUGCCUUAAUAAAAAAUGAUGCCAUUAAUCAUUCAUUACAAGCUUAUCAAGCAAUAACUUCAGGCUGCUGUUUUGCCUUUUUGUGUCUACUGCUUUCUUUCUGCAUUCCUUCAGUAUACUUACAGUUUAUUAGCCCCUACUACUUUUUGAGAUAAUAUGUUUGUUGUGUCAACUAUUCUAACAAAGCUAGCAUGGGCAAAAAAAAAAUCCUAGCCGUAUUUUGCUCAUCUAUAUUAUGGGUGAGGGUGUUUCUGGAGAGCUCUGUAUGCACUUCUAGGCCAUGCACAUUAGAUAAAGUGUUAUAACUGUAUUGAUUAACACUGUCAUUUGUUAUCGAGUCAUUUGUUGCAGCUUGACCUAUUGAUAUACUGCUGUAAAUAGUGAAAUAAUCAUAUUUGUACAAAAUAAAGCUCUCUGAUGAAAAA